UCACGACAACUUCCGGCGGUAGCACACGCACGCACGCACAUACGAAGCGUUGAGUCAAGUCGAUACACACGGGAGUCUGGCUAUGCUGCAAAGACCUGCCGUGCUGUAAAAAAGAAAGCCUCUGCAACGGGACGUUUUUCAGCCGGUGGCGUGUGUUCGAAGCCUUGUGCUUGUCUGACCCCGAAACCGUCGUCGACGAAAGUGCGCCCAGAACGAUGGCGGACAACGAGCAAAAAGCCAUGCAGCUUGUCGCCGAUGCCGAGAAGAAAAUCAAGUCGGCGCAGGGCUUCCUCGGGUCGUUAUUUGGGAGUUCAUCUAGGCUGGAAGAAGCAUGCGAAAUGUAUGCACGCGCUGCCAACAUGUUCAAGAUGGCCAAGAAAUGGAGUGCGGCCGGGAGUGCUUUCUGUGAAGCUGCCAACCUGCACCUGAAAAACGGCAGUCGACACGACGCGGCGACCUGUUUUGUGGAUGCUGGCACGUGCUACAAGAAGUCGGACCCGCAAGAGGCUGUCAACUGCCACCUGAAGGCUAUUGAAAUCUACACAGACAUGGGCCGCUUCACCAUAGCUGCAAAGCAUCACAUGACAAUAGCAGAAAUAUACGAGUCUGAAGUGGUCGACAUCGAGAAGGCCAUGUCCCACUUUGAGCAGGCAGCUGACUACUUCAAGGGCGAAGAAUCUACAAGCUCUGCAAACAAAUGCAUGUUGAACGUUGCCCGGUAUGCUGCCCAGCUGGAGCAGUACGAGAAGGCGGUUGACAUUUACGAACAGGUGGCAGCAUCAUCCCUAGACAACCAGCUGCUCAAGUACAGCGCCAAGGAAUACUUAUUCCGCGCUGCACUCUGCCACUUGUGUGUCGACAUCCUCAACGCGCAGCAUGCACUGAAAAAGUAUGAACAGAUGUGCCCCUCGUUCAUUGACUCAAGGGAAUACAAGCUAGUCAAGGCCCUGAUCGGCAAGCUGGAGGACCAGGACGUCGAAGGCUUCACGGACACCGUGAAGGAGUACGACUCCAUCUCUCGGCUGGACCAGUGGUACACGGUCAUCCUCCUCCGCAUCAAGAAGUCGUUGCAGGAGACGCCUGACCUACGCUAAAGAGAUUUCCUAUCGGGGUGUGGUACAAACGUAGAAGGAGAAAAAUAAGAAGUGGUGUCCGGAGGCGUGUCUUUUUUGUCUGUUUCAUCUGCCCUGCUGUGUUGUUUUUGUUUGUUUGUUUUGUUUGUUUGAGGCAUUCUGUUUUAAAGCUCGAGACCCGAGGAGUGGGAAACAGUGGCCAGGAUUGUUUCUGCUUGCUCAUUUCAUGAACACGAUAGCGUAACCGCUUGUUGCUCGUCUUCUGCCUUCAGGUUUUAAUUCCUCGCGUGGGCCAAGUGAAACUAAAGGAAUUUGACAGGCUGAAGGCUACAUUCGCAAGCGCAGAAAAAUAAGAACUGUCAUUUUUGAUACUGUUGGCAGUUUGUAAAGAUAAAGAAACAGCGAGAAUAAUGAACGCCUUGUUUUAUUUUACAACUGAAAUGUGAGCCGUGUGUCAUGCACCACAUUGUCGACCUGCUGCUUCAGAAAGCGUCAGCGAAUAUGUAUGCAAGACAACAGAGCAUGCAUGCACAUCAGAACUUGCCCAAGACCACGAUCUUACGAGAUGUUACCUGUCAGAUCAGUCAUGGCACCUGUCGGGUGUGCAUAAUGAAGGCCUUGUUUGGUUUUACAGCUUAAGUGCGAGCUGUGUGUCAUGAAAGCAUUGUUUGUGAAACGCGUUGUCAGUGCACUCUUUGGGACAGCACGAGGGAUGUGUAUGCAAGGUAACAGACCAUACACGCGCAGCAGAACUUGUCCGAGAACAAGUUCUUUUGAGAUGUUACCUGUCGGAUCAGUGACGUCAGAUCAGCCAUGGCACAUGUCUGUUGCGGCACCUGUUUUGUCAAUUGUGGCAGCUUAGCCAUAAAGGUUGUGUUUCUGUGCUUCUGUGACUUGUGGGUUAACAUUCGUUCUAAACUGCAGUGUUCUAUAGACCAGACUGAAUUUGCCAACGAAGAAGUCCUUUUGAGUCGUCACCUAGUUGGGUUGAGUCACAUCAAGACAAAUGUGGCGUCUGUUGUGUCACUUGUCGAGGCAUAUGUCGGGUCAGUCAUGCCAGCCUGUCUGGUAAAAUUCACGUUUGCAUGCCAGCAUGGCUUGUGGUGGGUUGACAUUUGUUCUAGAUUGCAGUGUUACGUAGGCCUGACUGACCCUCGUAGGGAAACGCAAGCCUGCUCUUCACGUGAGAGGUGGGGCAAACUGUGUCUUGACAUUUUUAUUAUGUUUGGCAUGCUGGGGUAGUUAAUUCUUUCUCACGUUGUCGUGCGAUGUGCUGGAACCGCAGGCAUUUUGUUGCAUUGAAAUUGACAAGUCACUGCACUUUCAGGUCUGCCGAGAGAAGAUCUUCUCAAGUAAUUUUUUUUUUUUUCAUUGGAGUGGCUCUUUUGGUGGCAUUACUAUCACAUCACUCAAAUCACACAAGAUGUUUGGUUGGCACAGAACAAGCUCCGGAUAAUACCAAGCUUCAUUUUUUUGUUUGGUAGCUCUAUUGAUGCCAUUGGCAAGGGCUGCUUCGUUAUAUAGCUCAUGUGCUGUUGCAGCUCAUGUAUUAAUCUCAGUUCAUUGUUUUCUCAUUUCCAUUGUUCAUUUGUUUUUUUCCUGCAAGUUUCUCAGAACUUCUGAUGUCAACACUAAUUAGAGGUCUUAGAUUUAGAAUGGCAACGACGAAGCAAGUGAUAAUAAAAAUGGAUGCAUCUUGUUGAACAUUUGCGUUGCAGUUAUAUCGCAUACCACUUGUGUCAGUCAGAACAAAAAUGAACCUUUUAUUGUAUUUCUCGCCGCAGAAGAGUUACUUCUGUUGCGCUUGUGCAAUAGUGAUAGUAAUACUUAUCGCAGCAGUGCAUUGUGAUCUGCUUUUCUUUUUUUCCUCCAUAGAUAUCCAUAAAACUUUCAGUUUGAGCCAAACCUGGCCAAGCCAGGAUUGGUGCUCACAGAGCAAAGAUUCUCAGUGGCAUGCCAAGGCUAGCUCGCUUGUGUGGGUUGACUUGAAGGCGUACUUAAAGCUGCAGCUAGAGCAUAGGGUUGCAUUUCGAAAACCUUACAUGGUGUUGAUGUUUGUUGGCACACAAACAGUUUGAAGGGUCCCUUCAGAGCGACGACUGUGCUGCUUCUUUUGAAUGUUGAAUGUUGUCAUUGUGAUCUGGUGCCUAAAGUGUGGACUGCAAUGCGGGAAGAAAUUUCCACUAGAAGAAGGCGCAGUCGUGUCCGCCUUGUUUCCAAUUAAGCCUACUGCUCUGCGUGUGUGCGUUGUAUGUAUUCAAAUUUUGACACGGUCAUUUGCAAUGCACGUGGUAGACUUCUGCUGCCUAUUGCCGUCUAGCCAGUUCCCAUUUUCGCAUUCUACAACCGAGUGCCCUUUAAUUUGUCACAACCAAACUCCACAGCUCCAUGCUGGUGCUAUAAUGUCAUCGUUCACUGUGGAGACUGGAAUCCAGAACUGUAACAUUGUGUUUCAUGUUGGCCUGCUGUGAAGAUAUGUUUAUGCAUAAUCAGGAUGGCCAGCUGAAGGCUGACAGGUAGCCUUUCAAAACGGGCCUGAAUAAGUGGCACAGGGUGGGAACAGAUACCCCAAGAUGAGUGAGGAGGCUUAAGAUAUUCAAUUAAAUAUUUCUUGCUUUGUGCCUGAUCGACCUGUGCAAGACACUGUAGAAAAGUCGAGACAUCGUCGUUUAGUUUGCCGUUUCGUGUUCCUUGCAGUAAGCAAUGAUGCUGGAAGCUCUUUGACAGCUUUACACAUUUAGUUUUGCCAUUUCAUGUUCAUUUCAACAAGCAAUGCAGGUGGAGGCUCUUGGAGAGCUUUGCACAUCUUGACGGUAAAAAAAGUACUUAAGAAGUGUCCCGUUGCAGGCCAAUCAUGAAGGCAAGAAUAUGCUAGCCUAACAUGUUUUGGAGAAGAGACAAAAGUUCGAAGAAGAUUUAAGUUCAGAAAUACACAAGUGGCUAAGACUCGGGAGUUGAAGUAUGCAGAUGCCCAAGUCUGUUCGCGACAAAUGAAGCUGGCCAUCCUGGUGUGACAACGUGUGUGUGAUGUAACCGGACAACACUUGGCUGACAACUUUGACGUGUUGCUACUGCUGCACAAAUGUCAGAUAUUAGGGUUAGUAUCGAACAUUGAACCAAAACUAUUGUAUGGUUGUGUGUAAUUUCUCAUGUGACAAAAUGUCUGCCAUGGCGUAGCGUGGGCUCUUACUAAGGAUGUACAAUUGGGCAAAAAUAUUUAUGGGAUAGGGGUUCCAUGACAAAUAUGUUCAUAACGGCUGUAUUGCGUAGCGCACGAAUGUAGGGAGAAAAAGGGCAGAGAAGAGAAAGAGCACUCGGUAACGUCGCAAUACCGCUGUUAUGAACUACGAUGAACUCUCCCAAACUUAUACCCUAAUAGACAAAUAUGCUUUUGCUCUGUUAAGUUGGCAUGGCACUUUUAUUUUAAUAGAUCACAUUUGGCUGUGUAGGUCGCAAAGGCACAUUGAAAUUUGUGAAUUCACGAUUACGUGCCGAGGCUUCCAAAAUUCAGCUUCAUUGCGAAUAUUGUGUCCCAUAAACUAUUGUAGCGGACUGUACUUCUGCGUGUUUUUGUACAUAGCUGACACGUUUUGAUUGCGCACAGUUGCAUGGCAAGUCAGUUAGUUACAUGGCAUGGCAAUUUCUUUUUUGCUCGCAUAAUGUUGCUUAGACAAAGCUUUUCAUAUGUGGCUUUAGGGUUAGAUGCUCUGUUGUACAAACCUUGAGACCUGCGUAACAAGCAAGUAGUCUAUAUGAAACAAUGCCAUGAUGUUUCUAGAAAGUCUCGCAUAAAUUUUACGAGACCUUUGAAUCCCGUCUUGUAGAGUGUCUUGCCAAGUGUGCAUGCGACAGGUGUGGGCUUGGCUUGGCUUCGCAACUGAAUCGUGUCACAGCUGGUUUGGUCACCCGAUUUCUCAUGUUCCUACGGAGCUAUAGACUUCGAUACAGUGUAUCACUUUUAAUAAUAUUUUUAUGUUUCUGUUAACAUUAGCAGAGGGUAUUGCGGUGCUGAAAUUGUUUCAUCACAUGAGAGUAAUUCGUAAUGCGCAGAUUUUUCCCGACUUUGCUGUGGGCUCUGUUGAGAGUACAGUUUGUUGUAUCUUCUCACUGUUCUUUGACAUCCAGCUUCAUUGUUUGCUUUUACUUACUACUUUACUGUGGUGAAAUGUUCAGCACUGUUGAACAUUUUAUAAUUAAAUUCUCAGAGAUAAAUGAUAUUUUAAUAUUUGUCUUCAAAUGAGGGAAGUUUCAGACCAGUGCCAGUGUUUUGACAAGAUGACUUGUAUUCGUUUCGUUCAAGCCAAGUGUAAGACCCUCACAAAGUCAAGUGGACUUGUCUUUAACAAGGUGAACACAAAACUUGCUGUUACUCUUGUAGAAAGAGUGGCAUCAAAUUGAGGCUUCCUUCUCUGGUUUCAUUUGACUGACUGCUAACAAACUUGUAAUCAUCAGACAUUUUGAGCCAACUGAUUGAAAGUCUAGGAAUGUCAGGUCUAGAUGUUACUCCAUUGUUCAUCGAGCGUUGCUUGCCACUGCAGGGGCUAGUAUGGAUUGCCCGCUUUCUAUGCUUGUGUGAAACUGUGUACUUUUGAGAAAAGAAGUGUUUAGCAUGUCCGGAAACAAGAGUGUUCGAAGGUCGCCCAUUAGUCAACAGCAUACCACAUGCAUAUAUGCACAGCAUUCUCGAGAGCGUUAAAAUAUUGAGCAUUGCAUGUUGGAGUUAGCCUUAUUGUUUCAGGUUCCAGGGUGUAAAUAAUGUAAAAAAAAAAGUUAUAUAUGCACAUGCUAUCAUCGCUGUCCUUGUACUACUACUCACCGUGUCAUAGCAUUCCCCUGCCCCAAGUGUUUUAUUGCCUUGUCUGUUGCCUCAUAAGAGCUUUGUCAUGUUUUUCCUAUCUUCAGUGCAGACCUAUUUUCUGUGCUGAUAGCACGAUCGUAGACCUUUGAAAUGAGCGAAAGUCUGGUUUGGGCACGAAGUCACUACAUUAACAUCGAUAUUGAAUACUGACAAGGAGUUUCGUGCAAUCACUACUAGAGGCCAGUGUGGUCGUGGCAAAAGAUGUUAUGCGAAAUUUUGCACGGGCUUCCCCGUGAAUGUAAGCAGUUGCCAACACCAAAGUGGCCGACCUCACACAUGCAGCACUAUUGUGGCUUGAGGGCUGCGUGCUGCAGCUUGGAAAGGGGGAGGGUGGCAGAAAUGGCCUUCAUGGAACAUAUCGGCAAACUGUGAAACUACAUGACAGUGGACAAGAAGUGUCAAUGGCACAUACGCUGGUUAGGAGUAGGUCAGUGUCAGUCAACUAGUUGUAGCCGUACUCUGUGCCUCUACCCCUUCGGGUGCAAGUUAUGAUGGACUGUCGGUAAAUGUGUCAAAUUAACACCGCUUUAUUCCAAUGUGCUAGACACUCCAUUACAUGAAAGACAUGGAAGGAUGUUGCUUUGUGCACAUUCGAGGGAAUUGUCGUAAUUGGAGCGUGAUUAAAUAUCCAUUUAUUGUGUAGUCGGUCAUGUUGCAUGUUUUGCAUGAAGAUAAUUGAAUUGCACGCUUGAAUUACAUGCGCAAAUUAUUUAUUGGCUGCACGCAUCUUGAGAAAAAAAUAUUCUUACGACAUCGCUGCCAGAAUGCGGCACGUUUAACGACGGUUCGAACAUGGUAGUGCCUUCAACCAAGCAAUUGUCUGUAGCAAUACAAUACUGAAAUUAAAUGGAGGCACAUUGAGUAUUCACGGGGAUAUUCACCGAAGCACUAUUGCUUUUUUCUGGCCACCAUUCAAGAGAAGUGGCAACACAUAUCCACGUGCGGAUGCCGAACCUGAAGGGGCUAUGCAGUGAAGAGAAAGCUACCAAUUGUAUCAACCAACUGGAAAUGAGAACCAGAAGAAAGGCUCCUUCUUUGUCGCACCUCCGAUUGCCAUCUGUGCAACGUUGACUGAAUGAAGGCCGUCACAGAAGGAUUAAUAGAGCGCAUUGGGCGAGCCCUUUCUUGGAACAUGGAGUGGCCCUGGUCAUUGAUUGGCCGAUACAAACCCUGGCCUUCGCUGUGCUAUGUGAAGUUUGCAAGAUAGAGUUUAGUCCGCUAGUUUGACUGUUCAGCUUUUCUGUGGUGGAUUUAGACCCCGGGUCUGAUUAGUGCUUUUUGUUUUGUUGUUGGACAAUUCAGAGUUGCUGGGAUGUCUGGAGUCAUUAGGUCGAACCACCAAACUGGGAGCCUGUUGAACAAAGGAUGAGGUUUUGUGCAGGUUGAAGAAUGAAGGUUAACAGUUUCGUUAACAAUGUUAGUGUUGGAUUCUUGUCUCGUAGGGCUUGCAUGAAACUCCAUGUCCGUUAGAGUCCAUAGCCAAUGAUUACAAGCGGGUGCGGGUUCCAUUAGAGCCAAUGGGAUUCCGCCCGCGUUUCUUUCCAAGCUUGGUUGUAUGCUUAGGCCUCUGUGUGCGAGAAUGAUGUCCGCGAUUCUUUCUUUCAGAAACUUUCAGAUCUGCUUGUUGUGGCCGACUUGACACUGUUCAACAGAGCACGUCUGUCGGCUGUGUGGAGUCUUGGCUUUGGGCAUAUAUCGAUAUCUAUUAAAGGAUGUUAUCUCAGUGAA